UGGAGAAAAGAUUUUAUCGAUUUGCGGAAGAAAUUGAAGCUAAGAAAGCCAUAAUGUCAAACGCGGGAAAAUACGUUCGCGCUCCGGUUUACGAAAGCGACUUGGAAAGUGAAAAUGAAUUCGACGACAGUCAAGUCAACAGUCCCGGAAGAUAUGUCCGUACGCUUCAUUCUGAUGGAGACAGUAUUGAUGUUUACACCGCCUAUAAAACUACUGUGGAUCCAGAUCAAGAAAACCGGGAGCUUCGGGAAAGGGUACUUGAAUUGGAGAAAAGUAUUGCUGAAAUCGCUGGCAUGCGCAGUUGCGGGGAUGACCGUAAUCGAGAAAGCAACCCUGUAACACCAGCAUUUGUACCAACCUCGCCACCAACCGUGAUGUCACUCGACAAUGGUGCUCAAAACAUCCGUUGGGACAAUAUUAAGCCAUUCCCGAAGGGUGUUCCUGCUAACAAGUUGUGGGAGGCAUGGACAAAAUUUUUUGAAAAUUUUGAAAUCGCAGCUUCUCUAUCGAAUGCAUACGAUCCAGUAAAGCGGUUUCAUCUGCUAUAUUUAUCGAUUGGAGAUGAGCUUCAAGGAAUCGUGCGUGCAGCAAAGUUGCGACCUGAUUCGAUUGACGCCAACUGCUAUGGAGUGUUCGUUAAGAACAUUGAGGAAUACUUGAAGGCAUUAACUGACACCUCGGCCGAGCAUGACGCCUUUUCAUCCAUGCAGCAAGAGAAAGGCGAAUCAGCAGUUAAUUUUCACGCGAGAUUAAUGGAGAAAGUUUGGUUAUGUGGAUACAGCCCAUCCGACCAAGACCGGUUUGUCCGAACACAGCUCCUUAAAGGGUUAAGGAAUCGCGAGCUAGCUAAAGCGGCAAGAACGUAUGGACAUGACACAAACUUUGUUGUACAAUCAGCGACGCGGGAUGAAGCUUUGCAGCCAGAGCCCCCGUCACUUGAGGGUCCGACAUCCAUCUUGGCUGUAUCCCGCAGUUUCUCUCGUGACGUGGGAAUGAAGCGUCAACUCAGUAAGCCAGAUGAGAGAGGUAUUGGGUUCAGACCAAAGCACUUUCGAGGAGAUGGUAGGCCAUCUUUGCAGCGUUAUGAGCGGUGUUCGAGGUGUAAUCGGGCAGCUCACGGUGGUCAACGGUGCCCAGCGUUGGACAAAAAUUGCAACUCAUGCGGACGCCGUGGCCAUUUUUCUGCUACAUGCCGUAGGAAACGUGUUAACAUGUGUGUAGAAUCAAAUUCUCCUGUUGAAGCCUUUAGACCACAGGUAAAGCUAGCGAAUUUUAAUGAGGAGAAAUAAAACGUACAUGCAAACGGAA